AUGGCCCCCUCUGGCACGACCGCCGCGUCGCGCCUCGCCCAGGUCACCAAAUCCCUCUCCUCGCACGCGACAAGCUCGCCCUCGACGGCGCACCACGCCCAGCGCGCGCUCCUCGGCCACCUCACGCUCGACGACCUGCGCGUGCCCGUGUACGACACGCGCGACGUCGCCCGCUUGCCGAGGGACGACCUCCUCCUCGACCCGGCCGACCCCGUCGUGCGCGCCGAGAUCGAGUUCUUGAUGAAGAAGUGGGGACUCGGUCAAGACGUCUUCCUCCUGUCGUCGCCCGGGCCCUACACUCGCCGCCUCGCGCAGACCUUCCUCUCGCUUCUCAACACGCCGUACGAGCUCGUCACCCUCCAUCGCGACGUCGGCGAGUCGGAGCUCAAGCAGGGGCGCGAGAUUCGGGCCGGCGGCAAGCUCGAGUGGACCGACUCGGGUGCCGUGCGGGCGGCCAAGGAGGGCAAGGUGCUCAUCCUCGACGGCAUCGAGCGCGUCGAGCGAGGCGUGUUGCCGCUGCUCAACAACCUGCUCGAGUACCGCGAGAUGAACUUGGAGGACGGCACGCACCUCGUCUCGACGGCACGGUACGACAAGAUGGUCCAGAACGGCGAGGACACGACGUCCUUCAUCCCGACCCACCCGGACUUCCGCAUCAUCGCGCUCGGCGUCCCCGUCCCGCCCUACCCGGGCCUGCCCAUCGACCCGCCGUUCCGCUCGCGGUUCCAGGCGCGCUACGUCGACCCGCUCGGCCGCAUGCGCGAGGUGUGCGGCGAGGCGAGGACGAUCCAGGUCGAGGACGUCGUCGGCAAGAUGGGCGAGGUCAUGGCGAGCCUGCAGAUCGCUCGCGAGAUGCGCGCCAAGAUGGCUUCCGGCAUCGAGGCCGACGCCCGCACCGAGGUCCCGCUCUUCCCGCAGACGACCCUCGUCAAGCUCGCGCGCUUCCUCGCCGUCUUCCCCCUUACUGCCGACCCGACCCUCGUGAGCCCCGCCGACUUUUUCCAGCUCCUCCUCCUCGCCCACCCGACGCUCGCCUACUCGGGCAAGCCUGCGCGGCGCGCGCUCGAGGAGGCGCUCGUUGCCGCUGGGCUCGGCGCAUGGGCCGAGGGCCUGAGCGAGGUCGACUUGAGCGCGACGAUCUCGACCAACACCGACGGCAUCAUGGGCUGGCGCCUCGUCGACGUCAAGCCGGGCGACGCGGACCAGGCCGUCGCGACGUUCUCGCGCGCCGGGUGCGACGACGUCGUCGUCCCUGUCGCGGCCGGCUCCCUCCCCUUCUCGACCUUCCCUCCCCAGUCGACCGCCGACCUCCACAUCACGCCUCGCUUCACCCACCUCCUCACCUCCCUCUUCCAGCUCCACGCCCUCUCGACUUUCGACAUCUCGUUCGUCCCGAUGGCGCCGACCGUCCAGGCCUCGUCCGCCUCGACCUCGCUCCUCCUGUCGACGUUCGCCUCCAUCCUCGGCUACGAGCUCGAGUCGCUCCACCUGUACAAGGAGCUUGGCGGGCGCGAGCUCUGGAUGCGCCGAGUCGUCGGCGGGUCCGGCGGCGUCACGUCGUGGGAGGAGGCGCCUCUCGUCCAGGGCGCGAGGGCAGGACGGCUCGUCCACCUCGACGGCGUCGACACGCUCUCGGCGACAUUCAACUCGCUCUCGCGCCUCCUCAACGACCGCCAGGGCGAGCUCUGGGAGGGCAAGCGCCUCACGGCGUCGUCGUCGUCGUCCGCCGACGGCAAGGCGGCGGCAGAACCAGGUGUCCUCGUCGCCAUCCACCCGUCGUUCCGCGUCGUCACGACGGCGUCCAAGGCGACGGCGCCGACCGAGUGGCUCACCGAGGACGUCGCCGCCAACCUCGUCGCGCUGCCGACCCUCCCGAUGCCGAUCGACGAGGAGCGCGCGCUCCUGCUCGCGGUCGGGUGCGCCGCCGCCCUCGUCGACCAGCUCGAGCUCUUCGCGACGCGGUACCGCGAGCAGACGGCGGCGUCGGGCAUGAAGGCGCGCCGGCUCGGCACGGCGAGCCUCGUCCGCAUCGCGAGGCGGCUCGCCAAGUACCCGCACGAGAACGUGCGCACGCUCGUGGAGCGGGCCCUCCUCAUCGACUUCUUGCCCAACACGGAGCGUGACGCGAUCUCGGCGCUCAUGACGGAGCUUGGGCUCGAGAAGGAGCUCGACCGACCUCUCGCUCCUGCCGAGGUUCAAGACGGCGCACUCGUCUUCCGCUCGGCCCGCGACGACGGCAUCGAGUACACGAUCGCCAAGUUCGACCUCGCAGCGCACGACCCGGCGGGCGCCUCUCACGUCCCUCGCGCCGACGGCUACCACGACAACGCCCAGCAGACGCGGUACCUGCGCGACCUCGCCGUCGACCUCGAGCUCGGCAAGCACGUCCUCCUCAUGGGCUCGCAGGGCACGGGCAAGAACCGCACGAUCGACCGGCUCCUCGAGCUCCUCGACCGCCCUCGCGAGUACAUCCAGCUGCACCGCGACAGCACGGUCCAGGGCCUCCAGUUCACGACGCUCAUCGAGGGCGGCCAGCUGCGGUACAUCGACUCGCCGCUCAUUCGCGCCGUCAAGCUCGGCCGCGUCCUCAUGGUCGACGAGGUCGACAAGGCGUCGCCGCCGGUCGUCGCCGUCUUCGCGUCGCUCGCCAGUCGCGGCGAGAUGACGCUCGCCGACGGGCGCAAGAUCCGCCCGGCUCAUCAGCGCGGCGGCCCCAACGACAUUGCCGUGCACCCCAACUUCCGCCUCGUCCUCCUCGCCAACCGGCCAGGGCACCCGUUCCUCGGCAACCCGUUCCUGUCGGUCGUCGGCGACGCCUUCUCGACCUACCCGAUCGCCAACCCGGAUCCCGACAGCGAGUUGAGGGUCCUCGUCCAGCUCGCCCCCGAGCUCGACGUCAACAUGCUCAAGUCGCUCGUCGCGGCGUUCCAGGACCUGCGCAAGGAGUUCGACGCCGGCACCCUCAGCUACCCGUUCUCGCUCCGCGAGCUCCUCGCCCUCGUCCGCCACCUGCGCCGGUACCCGUCCGAGCCGCUCGAGCAAGCCCUGCGCAACCUGGUCGACUUUGACGUCUCGCGCCCCGAGACGCUCGACGCGCUCAUGUCGGCCUUCCGGCGGCACAAGCUCGGCGUCCGGUACGUCGGCAUGGACGCGGUGCGCGGGCAGGCCCUGCCCGAGGGCGAGCUGCGCAAGGCGGGCGAGAUCGAGUUCGACCCCGAGAGGGAGGGGCGCGACACGGACCUCGGCGGGCCCAAGUACGGCAAGACGGACAACGAGGAACAUCACGGCGGUAACACGUGGGCAGGAGGGACGGGCGGGCGCGACACGGCGGGCCUCGGUGGGAGGGGAGGGUACAUGCGCCUGUACAAGGGCCACGACAUCCGCCAGAUUCCCGACGGCCUCAAGGCGCAGGUCCCCGACGAGAUCCAGAACCGGGCGCGCGACAUGGCGCGCAAGGAGCUCGCCGAGAAGCUCGCCGAGAUCGACAUGACGUCGGCGCAGGCGUCGUCGUACACGCUCUACCACGAGCGUGUGCGCGCACACGUGCACCAGCUCGUCACCUUCCUCGAGAACCUCGAGGCCAAGGAGGAGGAGCGCAUCUGGCUCAAGCGCGCCGUCGACGGCGAGCUCGACGAGUCGCGCCUCGCCGAGGGCUUGACGGGCGAGGCGACCGUGUACAAGCGCCGAGGGCAGGAGAAGCCCGAGCUCGGCGCGCCGCAGCUCAAGCCCAAGCGCAUCCGCUUCGUCGUCGACGUGUCGGCGAGCAUGUACCGCAACCAGGCCGACGGUCGUCUCGCCCGUUCUCUCGAAGCCGUCGUCAUGAUCUGCGAGGCGUUCAACCAGCUCAGCAAGCAGGGCAAGAGCAAGUACAGCAUCGACAUCCUCGGCCACUCGGGCGAGGGCGCCGAGAUCCCGUUCGUCGCCGUCGACGCGCUGCCGAGCAACGCCGGCGACCGGUGGCGCAUCGUCGAGAAGAUGGCGCUCAUCUCGCAGUACUGCUGGCCGGGCGACGAGACGCUCAACGCCAUCAACAAGGCAGUCGACGCUGUCGCCGAGGCGGAUGCCGACGACUACAUCGUCAUCGCGCUCAGCGACGCCAAUUUUGAGCGGUACGGCAUCACCAAGGACGACAUCCGCCGGUCGUUGACGAGGAACCCCAAGGUGCACGUCGCCCUGCUCGCGAUCGGCGAGGGUGCCGAGACGGCGUGGCUGCCGCAGGUGCUGCCGGGCAAGGCGUUCACGGUGCGCCAGACGGGCGACCUCGCGAGGACGAUCCGCACUGUCCUGAGCGCGACGCUCGACAAGGGGUUGUGA